AUGUCAUCAAGAGAUCGAGAUAAGUUUAGAAGUUAUCCGUCAGGAAAUGCGAAAAGGCAGAAAAAAAACAUAAGGGAAAAAAGUUUAAAUAAAAUGCGUGGAUCUUUCAACAAAUAUAUAAAUUAUAAAUUUGAUACUCCUUCUUCAAGUAUAGAAAUAGACAACGAAGUUGAAAUUAAUAAAUUACAAACCGAAAGGAAUAAUAGCGGUAAUGACUUUAUUAUAAACACGGUAAACGAUUAUGAUACGACAGAUUAUAUUGAGAAUGAUAAAUUUGAUACUCCUUCUUCAAGUAUAAAAAUAGAUAACGAAGUUGAAAUUAAUAAAUUACAAACCGAAAGUAAUAAUAGCGGUAAUGACUUUAUUAUAGACACAGUAAAUGAUUAUGAUAUGAAAAAUAUUGAGAAUGAUAAAUUUGAUACUCCUUCUUCAAGUAUAAAAAUUGAUAACGAAGUUGAAAUUAAUAAAUUACAAACCGAAAGUAAAAGUAGCAGUAAUGACAUUAUUAUAAACACAGUAAAUGACUACGAUAUGACAGAUAUUGGUUGUUGGCCUGAAAUAAUAAAUAAUGAUUUCAGAAAAGAGCUUAUAAAACUGGGGCCAAUACAAGUUAAAAGCUAUAAUUUUCCUCAAUCUGAAAUAAAUGGUGAGCUAAGACGUUUUAAUCCAACAUUAUAUGACAAACGUUUAGACAACGGAGAUGUUAUUAAACGAAACUGGCUGGUAUAUUCAAAAUUUAAAGAUAGAGCUUUUUGUUUUUGUUGUAAACUUUUUGACUCUCAUUCUACUGGUAAUUUAAGCAAGAAUGGUAUAAACGAUUGGCGACAUAUUGGGGAGAGACUAAAGUCUCAUGAAAUCACGAUUCCACAUUAUACUUCCUUACAGUCAUGGAUUGAAUUAAAACAAAGAAUAUCAGAACUCAAUACUAUAGAUAAACUACAUCUGACUAAAUUAAACGCGGAAAAAAAACAUUGGCAUGAUGUUAUUACACGAAUACUAGCGGUUAUCCAUUUUUUAGCUAAAAAUAGUAUUGCAUUCAGGGGUUCCAAUGAUGUUUUAUAUCAAGACAAUAAUGGAAAAUUUCUUAGUGCGAUUGAAAUGCUUUCCAAAUUUGAUCCUGUUAUACAGAAACACGUAAAACGAAUUAAAGAUAAAGAAACUCAUGUCCAUUACCUAGGACACAGAAUUCAAGAUGAGUUGAUAGAAAUAAUGGCAAAUGAAGUUCGAAAAUCAAUUAUAAAUUUAAUUAAAAAACAUAGGUACUAUUCCGUGAUCAUUGAUUGCACUCCAGAUAUUAGCCACCAAGAGCAAGUAUCCUUAGUAUUUAGAAUUGUCAACAUGCAUUGGGACAAAUUAACAGAACCAAGCAUUCAAGAAUUGUUUAUGGACUUCGUGAAUAUUCAUUCAACGUCAGGAUUAAGUCUUUCAAAUUUGUUGAUUUCAAAGCUUGCAGAAUAUGAGAUACCUCUUAGUGACUGCCGAGGUCAGGGGUAUGAUAACGGAAGCAAUAUGGUUGGAGAAUAUCAAGGAGUACAGUCACGUAUUCGAGCUCAAAAUCAAAGAGCAUUUUUUGCCCCAUGUGCUGCUCAUAAGCUAAACUUACUCCUUUGUGAUGUUUCUCAAAGUUGUAUUAGAGCAAUAUCAUUUUUUGGAAUGAUUGAACGUGUGUACACUCUAUUUUCAGCGUCUACAAAAAGAUGGGAUAUUUUAAAAAAACACUGCUCCAUAGUGUUAAAAAAGUGGACAGCUACACGAUGGGAAAGUAGAUAUAAAUGUGUUAAAGCGAUCAGAGAUCAACUACCUGAGGUACUAAAUGCUUUAGAAGAAAUAGCUGAAUGCUCUAAUGAUCCAAAGUCAGUGAGUGAAGCAAAAUCAAUUAUAGAUGAAUUGAUGAGUUUUGAAUUUGUUUUGAGUCUGGUAAUCUGGCAUGAUAUUUUGGGUCAAGUUAAAAUUGUAAACAGAAUCUUACAAGAUCCUAAAAUGGAUUUAGAUGCAUCGGCUAGCAGCUUAGGGAGUCUUAUCACUUUUCUAGAAAAAUAUCGUACAAAUGGAUUUGAAAACGCCAAAUUGGUUGGAAUAGAAAUCGUUGAAUCUAUUGGUGGAACUGCUAACUUCAAGGAAAAAAGACCAAGAAAGAAAAAAAAAAUGUUUAACUACGAAAGUAACGAUGAAUAUACAAUUAGUUCAGAAGAAGAAUUUCGUCGUGAUUACUUUUUGAUUCUAAUUGACCGUGCUACUGAAGCAUUGAGAGUACGAUUUGAGUACCAGAGCACAUUUAACUCCAAUUUUGGAUUUUUGUACAGAAUUGGAAAACUUAAACAUCAAAAUGAUGAUUUUAUUAAAAAUUGUUGUAACGAUUUGCAAAACGUAUUGAGUGAAGGCAAUUCUAGAGAUAUAAAUGGUGCAGAUUUAUACAUGGAACUUCUUAUUUUUCGAAGUAUAGUAGACGAAAACGCAACACCUCUGCAGGCAUUAUCUUUUUUAAAAAACGUUUCUAGUUCAUUUCAAAAUAUAGAAGUGGCAAUUAGAAUAAUGCUCACCAUACCAGUUACAUCAGCUGGUGCUGAACGUUCAUUCUCUAAAUUGAAGCUGAUAAAAAAUUAUUUAAGAAGCAAUCUAUCACAGCAUAAGUUAUCGGACCUGGCCCUCAUCAGCAUCGAACAUAGUAUUGCCGAUUCUUUGAGCUACAAUGAGACAAUUGAUCAGUUUGCAUCAAAAAAAAUACGGAAAAAAAUAUUUAAAUAA